AUGGUGAAAAAAGGAGAAGAGGACUUUCCUAAAAAGAGAAAGAAGAUUGGUAAGAAGAAUAUUGAUCCAAAAGCAACAAACGUAAAUGUGCGAACAAAACGCAUCCGAGUCCAAGAGCAAUCGAUCAUGAGAGAGGAGAGUGAUGUGGUAAACUACAGGAACAAGUCAUUGGCAGACUUGGUUAGUCAAUUCACUCAUUACAGUGCAAAUGUGAGAAAAGAUGCUGUGCUGGGCUUGAGAGAUUUAUUUGCACAAAAUGAAAUACUGUAUAGUACUUCUGUGAAUGUUCUAAUCACCAACUCAAUAAAACUACUUCUUGAUUCAGACGUUGGGGUAAGACAAGCUCUUGUUAGUGUUUAUUCGACUUUGCUUCCAAAUGUCUCAAAGAGUCAACUUUCCCCUUUCGCUGAUCUUUUGAAUGUCUUUAUUAACAAUGGACUAACUUCUAUCAAUCCCUCAAUUCGACGCUCGGCCAUUCUUAUGAUUCAAGUGCUGCUGAACAUCGAUCCUUCCUUAUUUCAAAACUCAGUAGUCAAAUUACUGUCGAAUAUGGUGAAACUGACAGCAGACACGAAGCCUACCAUUCUUCCAACGCGCGGUGUCCUGUCUUCCAGCCGUUCCCAACUGCACAGCUCUUCCAAAGAGCAACGAUCGAUAACGGAUUUGGCUUUGGAAACUGUGCAACGUCUUUUCAAUCAAUGUCUCUCCACCUCUACCAUCUACAACGAGUUCUCCUCCUGGUGUGAUCGUUUGCAGGACGCGGACUCAGAAUACACGCAGUCUCUCCAUUUCCCACUGACUCUCUCAGUCUACAAGCCUUCCAUGUGGUUCCAUUCCUCCGAUUCUACUUCUCAGCCCACCGAAUUGAUUCUUCCGCCUAUGAAAUCCCUUCUCUCUGUUCUGUUCGAAGCCAUUGCAAGCCUCGCUCCCUCCGCAGCUCCCACUUCGUCCUUUUCGAAUUCGUCGAAGCUUCGUUCAAAAGUCAUCGCGGAAUCUUCCCUGCGAAAGCUUCUAUUGCUGGAAGAGCUCGCAGGCGACGCCUUUUUAGUCCUGGAACGCGAGCACGCGCCUCUAAACGAGCUCGAAAAGCUUCGAGAGUGGCGUUCCUUGCUGUACGAUCUGUACCCCCUUCGCCUUCCCGACUCGCAUCGAAACGAAACAACCAAUCGUUUAGUAUUGCAGCAAACAAACGAACUCACCGUCCUCCUCAUCGCUAUGAUCGAUCCGAAGGGAGGAGACACUGGAAAUGAAGUCGUGCAUCGAUUGCUCGAUCAGGAUCUCGCGUUUGUGUCCUCCAAUCGACACGACGGCGAGGAGGUUCGAUUCGAAACUGUGCAGCUGCGUGUCGGUGUGCUGAAACGCCUCUACGAACGAACGAGUGAGAAGAAAACGAUCGUGGAAAAGGCGAAUCGGAUGUGGAGCGAGCUGAUUGAAAAGCGGUUAGCGCAGAGCUCGCUGCCGUUCGUGGUGUUCUUUCGAUAUGUCGUGGGAUGUCAUGAUUUGAGCGAGUUUGGAGAGUGUUUCGAUCACGCUGUGCAGGUUUUGAGCGCAGUGCCCUACUCAGAGGAGAAAGAGUCGAUCGCGUAUGCGAUUUGGAAUAACGGAAUGAGCUUGCUGCUGGAAGGAGUCAAAAUGAAGGCGACUUCGCUGAAUGCUUUGAAGCUGUUCCAAGAAUUGAUGAAAAGUGAAGUGGAAGUCGCAUCUCUCUCGCUUCGUUUGCAGGCUGUGGCUCAAGCGAUCUUGAUUUAUUCUGAAAAGAGAGAAAGUGAAAACGAAGAAUAG